AGCAUGGUUGGAUGCACCUGAGGAGGGAAACCAGUCCCCUCUGAUACGAAAAAUGCACACGGUACCACAAAAACAGCAUAUGCGCGAGGGUGUGACCAAGCAGGUUCCUUUCUGUUUCCGCUCAUAUUUCCGCACACCACCCAAACCAUAUAACAAGAAAAGCCUGAUAGGGUUGUUUAAUUUACAAGCAUUGACCUGGAAGACAAUUACUGCUACAGGACACAGUUCAUCUGCUAUAAAGAGGAGAUUAAAAUAAAAAUAUGAAGCUGGAUUUGUCCUUCUUGAAACCCAAUGUCAACCUUGUCUAUUUAGUCCAGAGUAUCACCGUGGUGAUUGUGCUUCUGGUUACAGAGCAUCUGACGGAGGAACAUUUUACAUGUCAAUGUAACGGGUGGAGUACUGUGUUUGUCUGGCUGUACUUCGUAAUGCCAGCUGUUGGAUCCAGCACGUUUGUCUGGUCCCUUCAGCAGAGGAAAAUCUUUAUGACAAAAUCCUGCAGUAAAUGUUGUUCAGAAGGACAAAUUUGCAGAUGCCUUCACUCCUGGUGGGAUGCACAGUACCCAGGUCUGUGCUGGAUUGUGAUUCUUCUGAUUGAUGGAAAGUAUGCAGCCUGUGGAAUGUACAGCAAUUGCGACAGUACAAUGACCACUGUGAAGAUCACAAGUUUUGGAAUGGAGGUCAACAUAUUGAUAUCCAAGACAAUUGGAUUUAUUGUGCUUGCUGCAAUUGUGCUGAUACAUCUCAUCUACCUGCUCUGGGAUUCCUGCUGCCAAUCACAUGAAGGUCGGUAUAAGGAGAUGUACAAUGCACAGUUGGAGAAAGACAAAGAGAAGUUGGUAAUGAAGUACAUAAAGAAGUGCUCGGAGAACAGAGCAGCACGGUACGAGAGAGAGGUGGAGAAGAUGACUAAGGGCAUACUGGCAGGUGGAGGUCAAGGUUUACCACACCAACGUAUAGCUGAAUCACAGUCUGCAGGUGAAGAUGGAGACCAUCCUGAAGAUGAAGUUGUACCACUGCAGACGAUAGCUGAAUCACAGUCUGCAGGUGGUGGUGGAAAUGGUAUUUGUGAAGAAGAUAUUGCAUUAGAACGCAUUUUGGUAAUCAUAGAUAAGGCAUGUCAUUUAAAAAAAAGGUGACACCAGAAAACAAACUUUAAAAGAAAAUCAGAUUUAAUGACAAGUCUGUGCCUCGUUUCCUGUUGACAGACUUCUUGUUUAUGGUUCCUCACCUCUUCUCCAGGUAUAGCACAGCUAAAACAGUGCAUUAUGAAAACCUGCAUGGUGAAAACCGCCAUAUUACCAGCACAUGCUUUCUUAUUUUCAUUAUCUCCAUAUUACCUGCCCAUACUUGCUUAUAUCUAUAGCAUUCCUACAACCCUUGUGUCUCAAUGAUUUCAUAAAACAAAAUCAAAUAAAAAAUGUUUAAAAAAGCAAA